AUCGAAGUACGGCAUUCGUGGCUCCCUGUUUUAUUGGACAGUCUUUCACCGAGCCAUGAGCACGUUUGAAUCAUCUGGUACAGAUUUCAAGGCUGUACGGCAGUCGCUGCUGGCUGAGCGACGGCGCAACUACCGCUGUGGCAACAAUUACGUCACACUCUCCAGCAUCCCCACCUGGCUGCAGCACAGCCGCGAGAAGGUCGCCGGCGCUCCGUCCGAGGCGGCCGCGGUAUCGCCCAGUAACAAGCUGGCGGACAAAGUGUCGCUCUGGCGUGGCGACAUCACGCGGCUGGAGCUGGACGCCGUGGUGAACGCGGCCAACCGCUCGCUGCUGGGCGGCGGCGGCGUGGACGGCGCCAUCCACGCGGCGGCUGGGCCGCAGCUGCGUGCAGAGUGUGCCGCGCUGCGCGGCUGCGACACCGGCGAGGUGAAGCUCACACAGGGCUACCGGCUGCCGGCGCGCCACGUGCUGCACACUGUCGGGCCGGUGGGCGAGAAGCCAGACCUCCUGCGACGCUGCUACGCCGGGUGCCUGGAGCUGGCGCGCCGCCACGGCCUCCGUUCGCUAGCGUUUCCAUGCGUGUCGACCGGCGUGUUCGGCUACCCGAACGAGGCGGCGGCGCGCGUGGCGCUGGCCACGGUACGCACCGAGCUGGAGCAGCACGCCGACGAGCUGGACCGCGUCGUGUUCUGUCUUUUUCUCGAACAAGAUGUGAAGGCGUACCAACGUCUGAUGCCAGUCUUCUUCCCGCUGGAGGACGGCGCCUGAUGACGCUUUUCUUCCCGCUGGAGUGCAGCGUCUGAUGCAUGUCAUAUGGGAAGUUGGAGCCGUGCGAGGAGCCGGCGGUCGUUCGGUGUAAGGUGUUCGGAGAUCCGACGUUUUGGACCCAGAAGCGGGGUGGUGCGCUGAAAUGGCACGGUGACCACCUUCACGUCCUUCGGCGGGCUGCGAACUGCUGACAUGGCGCGAUGUCACACGUCUCCACUGAGACGCGGAGCGGCUUGGACGAGUGGAAUGCUUGCAGGCUGUCUCCUAUUGCUCUUGUAAUCUGUGAUAAAUCACCCAGCUGGUUCCGCGAAGCUUUAAGCCAGGUUGUGGACCUUCACGAGCGUGUGCUGGGUGGCGUCACUCGGCGCCCGUGACGUCCCUACGGCUGGCGGCUGCCUCGGUCUGACGGCACCAGUGGCACCGGCUCACGUGCGUCAGUAGCUCUCCGGAGAGCUGUGGCGGAUGCAGUUGAGCGGCCAGCGAACAGAAGGCGUCGGGGCAAGAUCUGUGUCACAGGACGGAAGCUACUGAGGGCCUUCUAGGGUUGCAGUGGGUUAACUGCUUGCCUUAGAGACCAGAGCUACGGGCUCGAUUCUCUGCACUGCCCGGGCUUACUGUGGGGAUAAGAGACUGGCGAGCGCAUCGUAAAGCCCCGGCGACAACGGCGACUAAGGGUUGUUGCUCUCUCUAUCACUAACACAAGGUACGUCGCCAUUGGGUGUCGUUGCCGGCGCGUAAUAUGGCAUGUAACGGGAAAUGAACACGCAAAAGCUUAACUGUGUGACUCGUAUCCUAGAUCUAGGGUCAUGCACGCCAUCCAUACGAUGCCGACUGUGGGGAGCUCGCAUGCCGAGCGAUACGCCACGUGAAAUUAUGCCACUUGUAGUACCAAGAGUUACCUCUUCAAACGAUCCGGUUCUGGGAAGGCUAAGAGCCGCAAUGUAUGGAUGGGAAUGCCAGUGAACUUCCUAAUUAGUUUGUGUAAUACAGCGCUGGUAUACGGAU